AUGAGCAAUAGCAGUGCCAUUCUUACAGGCCUUUGGCCGCCAGCGUAUCUUGCUGUACCGGUCGCGGUGCUAGUGGUCGUCGGUUAUGUCAUCUGGCUCAGAUUACUGCCGAAACCAUUGCCUGGCAUCCCAUACAACCCAGAAGCACUCAAAUCAGUCUUCGGCGAUGUGCCGUCAAUGUUACGAUGGCGGCAGGAGCACGGCGAGCAGCGCAAAUGGUACCAAGCACAAGCCGUCAAGAUGAACACUCCGAUCUGCCAAGUCUUCACCAAACCAUUCUUCUACGGACCCCAAGUCAUUCUGACCGAUCACCGCGAAAUCCACGACAUCUUCCACAAACGCUUCAAGGAGUUCGACAAAGGCUAUAAGGAAUCCGAGGCAUUCGGAGGAAUUAUUCCCGAUGAAUUGCUGUCCUUGAAGCUCGCCUCGCCUGAAUACAAGUUCCACAAAGACUUGAUGCGGGACCUUAUGCUGCCGCAGUUUCUUAACAAUGUCAACGCUCCUGAGAUCUACGACAAAGCGAUGCUCCUGGUGGAUUUGUGGAAGACGAAAGCGAGUAUCACCUCUGGUCGGCCCUUUGACUUCAAGGAUGACAUCCACAAAGCAGCACUCGAUAUCAUUAUGGCCGUAUCUUUCGGGCUGGAGCAAGAGGAGUCUUGCACGCAGAAACAACUCUCCGACACAGUCAACAGCCACGUCGAGGAUAGACUUUCUGCACCCACUGAUCCCUAUUCGUUCAAUGAAGUGCCAAUGGCAAAAGAACCCGAAGCAAUCACGACCCUUGCUGCAAGUGUCAAGAUCGGCUUCAAUUCUCCCUUACCGGUACAGCAUCACUGGUUUCUGCGACAGCUGCCGCAUUUAGGAGGCGCGGUCAGGACCAAGAACGCAAUGAUGCGUCGCAAGAUCAACGAGUCGUUGGCGCGAAUGCCACCAACCGACGAAGAAGCGCUCAAAUCUGCUCGCACUGCUUUGGACAACAUGCUGUAUCGUGAGCGACUCCUUGCAAACAAGGCAGGGCGGCGGCCGAACUUCCAUGCUUCCUAUAUAUACGAUGAAAUGCUAGCAUACGUAAUCGCCGGCCACGACACAACAGCCAACACCUUCUCCUGGGGCCUGAUCUACCUCGCCGAUCACCAGCAACCUCAGCACGAUCUCCGCGUGCACCUCUACUCGCUCUUCCCUCAUGCCGUGGCCGAACAGCGCCAGCCAACAGUCACCGAGAUCAUCAAAGCAGCUGACGCCCCCUAUCUCGACGCCGUGAUCGAGGAAAUCCUGCGCUGCAGCGUCGUCCUGCCCAUGAUCUCGCGUGAAGCGCUGGUAGACACGACUAUUCUGGGGAAGCCGAUUCCGAAGGGGACGCUGAUCAUGUGCAUGUCCAACGGGCCUGGGUUCUUUCGUCCCGGCUUCCAAGUUGAUGACAGCCUGCGCAGUAAGUCAUCACUUGCCACCACUGGAUCAGGUGCUGUGGGCACGUGGGAUAGUGCGGAUAUGCACCUGUUCAAGCCCGGACGGUGGCUCGAUCAGGACGCUACAACGGGAAGGCAGACGUUUAAUUCCAGAAAGGGACCCAUGAAUUCCUUCGGCGGCGGACCAAGAGGAUGUUUCGGCCGAAGGCUAGCGUAUAUGGAGUUGAGGAUCUUGGUGGUGUUGGUGUUCUGGAAUUUCAGAUUGGGGAGUAUUCCGCCUGAUAUGAGGAGCUAUCGGAGGAGGGAGCAGAUCACGAUUGAGCCGGCGGACUGUCAUAUCCGUUUAGAAGUUGCGCCUCUGUGGCACGGGGUUUGA